GUGUGUUGGAUCAAUAACUGAGAUUCAUGGUAUCACACAGCUGUGCUGCUGCUGAUGUCAGCACAUCUGGAACAAUACAAGGUAUCUGCUACCAGACUGAGCAGGACGUGAGACCUGUGGACUGUUUAAAGCUGUCCCUCCACAGCUCACUCAGACCUGAUCCACACCUCAGUGAUAUUCUCUGACUUCCUCACACUCAAAAAAAUCAACUAGGGCAUGUGUUUGAUUAACAAAGUAGUAAUAUGUUUACAUCACAUGAAGAAAUCAUUUUUAUGCUCAUUAAAUGAUUCAUUCUUUUUUGUUGAAUAUAAAUCAAAGAAAACUUUGAUGAGUUAAAUUCGUUCAUGGCAAUCCAAUGAGAAUGAGGUCCAUCAAACCAACGGCUCUGAUAGCGUCAUGUAUUGCGCAUGCUCCACGCCCACCGGAUGCGGAAAGGUCCGUUGAGAAGUUAACGAGCGCACGUGGAGUUACUUCUUUGGCAUACCUGAUAGUGAGAAAUACAUCACAAAAUAAAGCCACAUUCCCAUGCUCUGAGAUUCUUAUGCACCUCCUCAACAAUACAUGUGACGUGUAUGUGGCAGUGCAAGCAUUGUGUUACCAGAGAGAGCAGCAGGAUGACACAAUACAUGCAAGACGAGCAUGCAUCCUGAAGUCCUUGUGUGUCUACCUGAAUGAAGACCAUGAGAAACUUGUGAAGGAAUAUACGAACACUGAGGCCAACACUGAAGCCAUGGAACAAACUGUGAUGGGAGUGUAUGUCAUACAUCAGGAGGGUGCGGAGCCUGGAGAUGACCCAGGGAACAUCGGUGUCCUGAUUGAAGGCGUGGAGGUUCUCACUGGUUUGAGGAGCAUUGCAAUUGCUUGUGCUCUGUUAUUUGGACUGAUAUACUGUCUGAACCUAAGCUACCCACCGGAGCUCAAAUGCACUUUUGAAGUCUUGCAAAAGAUUAUCAUGAAGCUGGAUGGACAGAGGUUGUCAUCCAAG